GUGUAUAUGUAUAUAUAUAUAUAUAUUUUUUUUUUUAAAUUUAUUUAUAUUUUCAGCUGUGUAGAUGCUGUACUUCCACUCUGUUUUCUGUCUCCACAGGCGUUUUGGAACUGGGUGGAGAACUACCCCGAUGAGUUCACCAUGCUCUACCAGAGGCCACAGGCAGACAUGGCGGAAGCUGCAGAGAAGUUGUUCGACCUGGUCGAUAGCUUCGCAGAGAGCGCCAAGAGGAAGGCUGCUGUGUGGCCUCUUCAGAUCAUCCUCCUCAUCCUCUGUCCUGAGAUCACACACACUAUCUCUAAAGACACUGUGGAGGACAGCAAGGCCAACAAGAAGCUGUUUCUGGACAGCUUGAGGAAGGCUCUCGCUGGUCAAGGAGGCAGCAAACAGCUGAUGGAGAGCGCCGCCAUCGCCUGCGUUAAACUGUGUAAAGCCUCCACCUACAUCAACUGGGAGGACCACUCCACCAUCUUCCUGCUGGUCCAGUCCAUCGUCAUGGACCUCAAGGCUCUGCUGUUCAACCCAUCCAAACCCUUCUGGAGGGGCACCGGCAGCCAGAACGCUGACGUGGAGCUCAUGAUGGACUGUUUCGUCUCCUGUUUCCGCAUCAACCCUCACAACAACCAGCACUUUAAGGUCUGUCUGGCCUCCUCCUCCCCCUCCACCUUCCACUUUGUCCUGGUCAACUCGCUGAACAGAAUCAUCACCAACUCUCAUCUGGACUGGUGGCCUAAGAUCGAUGCGGUCUACUGCUACUCCGGAGAGCUCCGCUUCAUGUUCUCGGACACCCUGAACCGGGUCACCCAAGGCGCCGGCCCCCACCCUCCUCUACGCCUGACCCCGAGUCUGACGACGUUCAAAGGGAAGAUGUCCACCAGCCUUAAGUUCAAAGAGAAAGCCACAGAACUGGACACUCGAAGCUACAAGUGCCUUCUCCUCGCUCUGGUCAAACUCAUCCACGCCGACCCCAAACUCAUGUUGCAUAACCCAGUGAAACAGGCUCCAGAGAUGCAGAGCAGCACAGCGGAGCUCAUCACCGGCCUGGUGCAGCUGGUUCCUCUCACCAACACCACCCAGCUCUCACAGGAAGCCAUGGAGGCUCUGUUAGUUCUGCACCAGCCAGAGACCAUCGAGCUGUGGAACCCUGACGCCCCCAUAGAGACCUUUUGGGACAUCAGCUCACAGGUGCUCUUCCUUAUCUGCCGCAAACUGAUCGGCCAGCAAAUAAUAAACGGGACAGAAGUUCUGAAAUGGCUGAGGGAGAUACUAAUCUGCAGGAACAAGUUUCUGCUCAAGAACAAGGAGUGUGCCACCAUGGGCGGUGCCAUCCCCAUAUGCCGCCAGGCUCAGACCAAGCUGGAGGUGUCCCUCUACAUGUUCCUCUGGAGCCCUGAAACCGAGGCCGUGCUGGUGUCUAUGUCGUGUUUCCGCCACCUCUGUGAGGAGGCUGACAUCCGCAGCGCCGCCGACGAGGUGCCGGUCCAGAACAUCCUGCCCAACUACGCCACCUUCAGUGAACUGGCCUCCGUCAGCAACAUGAUGGGAACGGGCCGGUCCACCCUACAGAAGCGGGUGAUGGCUUUGCUCCGGAGGAUAGAGCACCCCACACCAGGAAACAUCGAGGCUUGGGAGGACACGUAUACUAAAUGGGACCAGGUCACCAAACAGAUCCUCAACUUCCCUAAAAACAAGGCAGAAGACGGACAGGAGUGGAUCAACAUGACCGGCUUCCUGUGUGCUCUGGGCGGCGUUUGCCUCCAGCAGCGCAGCACCCCCGGCCCGGCCACCUACAGCCCCCCUAUGGGCCCCAUGAGCGAGCGCAAACACUCCAUGAUCUCCAUGGGACCCUGCGACAUGUCCAACCCCGUGGCCUCCUCGUCGUCGUCCUGCUCCUCGUCGGCCUCCAGCGAGACGCCCGUCAGCCGCUUCCUGGACCGGCUGCUGGCCCUGCUGGUGUGCGGACACGACCGGGUCGGCCUCCACGUCCGCACCAACGUGAAGGACCUGCUGGGUCUGGAGCUGAGCCCGGCGCUCUACCCGAUGCUCUUCAACAAGCUGAGGAACAGCAUCGGCAAGUUCUUCGACACGCAGGGACCGGUUCCCAUCAACGACACUAACACCCAGUUUGUGGAGCAGACCAUCGCCAUCAUGAAGAACCUGUUAGAUAACCACACGGAGGGCAGCUCAGAGCACCUGGGACAGGCCAGCAUCGAGACCAUGAUGCUCAACCUGGUCAGGUAUGUGCGUAUCCUGGGCAAUGCGGUCCACGCCAUCCAGAUCAAGACCAAGCUGUGUCAGCUGGUGGAAGUGAUGAUGGAGAGACGAGACGACCUGUCCUUCUGCCAGGAGAUGAAGUUCAGGAACAAGAUGGUGGAGUAUCUGACCGACUGGGUGAUGGGAACCUCCAACCAAGCUGCUGAUGACGACAUCAAGUGUCUGACGAGAGACCUGGACCAGGCCAGCAUGGAGGCGGUGGUUUCUCUGUUAGCUGGUCUCCCUCUUCAGCCGGAGGAGGGUGACGGAGUAGAACUGAUGGAGGCCAAAUCUCAGCUCUUCCUCAAGUACUUCACGCUGUUCAUGAACCUGCUGAACGACUGCAGCGAGGUGGAGGACGAGGGCCAGGCAGUGGGGGGGCGAAAGAGAGGGAUGUCCCGCCGCCUGGCGUCCCUCCGCCACUGCACCGUCCUGGCCAUGUCCAACCUGCUCAACGCCAACGUGGACAGCGGCCUCAUGCACUCCAUCGGUCUCGGCUACCACAAGGACCUGCAGACCCGAGCCACCUUCAUGGAGGUGCUGACCAAGAUCCUGCAGCAGGGCACGGAGUUCGACACGCUGGCCGAGACGGUUCUGGCCGACCGCUUCGAGAGGCUGGUGGAGCUGGUCACCAUGAUGGGGGACCAGGGGGAGCUGCCCAUAGCCAUGGCGCUGGCUAAUGUGGUGCCGGGGUCCCAGUGGGACGAGCUGGCCCGGGUCCUGGUGACGCUGUUUGACUCGCGUCACCUCCUCUACCAGCUGCUGUGGAACAUGUUCUCUAAGGAGGUGGAGCUGGCCGACUCCAUGCAGACGCUCUUCAGAGGAAACAGCCUGGCCAGCAAGAUAAUGACCUUCUGUUUCAAGGUGUAUGGAGCAGCGUACCUGCAGAAGCUACUGGAGCCUUUAUUAAGAGGCGUCAUCACAACCCCUGAACACAUCAGCUUUGAGGUGGACCCCACCAGGCUGGAACAAGGUGAGAACCUGGAGGAGAACCAGAGGAACCUGCUGCAGAUCACCGAGCGGUUCUUCCAGGCCAUCAUCAAUUCGUCCAACGAGUUCCCCCCACAGCUCCGCAGUGUCUGCCACUGUCUCUACCAGGUAGACCCCCCC